UGGGAUUCUCCAGCAUCUGCAGUUCCCAUUAUCUCUCAAACAUUUAGGCAUGUGCUAUCCUAAUCUACUAGAACAACCAUCUGUAGCUGCUUUACCAAUGACGGUCAGGAAUAAACUUCAGAUGCACGAUUUUGACACUUUGACUGAAGGAACGGUGCCAUGUGUCCAUGUCAGGAUAGUUUGUGGUUUGGAGGUGAACUUGCAGGUGGUGGUUUCAGGUAUCUGCUGCCCUUUUCCUUCUAGUGGUAGUUGUGGAGUUUGAAAAUUAUUGCCUUGUACAUGGUACAAAUUGCUGCCAUGGUACAUUUGGUGGUGAAGAUGGUGAGUGCGGUGCCAAUCAACUAGGCUGUCUUGCCCUAGAUGGCAUCAAGCUUCUCGAGUGAUGUUAGAACUCACUUACCUAGGCAAGUGAGGAGUACUCUGUUACACACCUGACUAGCACCAUGUGGUUGGCGAACAGACUUUGGGCAGACUGAAGUUGAGUUACUCACUGCAGCAUUCCUAGUCUCUGACCAGCUGUUGCAGCUACAGUAUUGGAGUGGCUGGUUUAGCUCGGUCUCUGGUCAAUGGUAACCUCCAGGGUGUUAAUAGUGGGCGAUUCAGACUGGUGAUGCCACUGAGUGUCAAGGAAUGAUAAUUAAGACUGUCUCUUAUUGGAGAUGCUCAUUGCCUGGCAUUUGUGAGGCAUAAAUAUUACUUGCCACUUAACAGCACAAGCUUGUUAGUUGUUCAGAUCUUGCUGCUCGUCAGCAUGGACUGCUUCAGUACCAGAGGAAUGGUGUAGAGUAUUGUGCAAUCAUGAGUGAAUGACCCCACUUCUGACUUUAUGAUGGAGGAAAGGCCGUCGACUGUCACUGGUGAAGCAGCUGCUGAUAGCUGUUCUAAUAGAUUAGGGCAGUGCAUGCAUAGAUGAACUUUUUGAUUGAAUUUUAUAGUACACAGGGAGCUGUUCAAUUUAGCGGAGAUGAAGGGUUUAGUACCAUACCUCCUCCAAGGCCUACAAAUUAAUUCCCUUUAAAUACAUGUCAUUUUAAAAGUUCCAAUGCAAUCCAAUUCCACCGUUGUUUCAGAUAUAGUACUAUCGAAUAACUUCUACGAGAAAAAUUGCUCAUCAUUUCCCAUCUUGAAAGAGAGACUUGCAUUAUAUACAGAACCCUUCAUAACCUCAGUACACCACUUUGGGGUUAAGAAAGUACUUUUUAAGCAGUCAUCAGCACAAAUACAAGAAUGACAAAUUUCAAGUGAUUUUGCAAUGACUUGUAUGGAGGAGAGACAGGUGACAAUAGAUUUGUAAGUUAACAUGGAAGAAGCAAAGGGCAACCAUAGACUGCUCAGUGCUAGGGUAACUCAAUAAAUGCUUAUUUAUAGGCUUAAAUAUAUUUCCUUUGUUUACAGAGAACGAGUCCCAACGCAUGAAUAUAUCUUGGGUCCAGAAAGCAUAAAUGAGCCAUGUUAUGAGUUUGAUUUUCUUAAAUUGAUGGUUGAUGUAGCAAUUUAGCAAAAUCAAGACUCUUCAACAAGUGCUGAUCAAUUUUGGAAUCAACCUUGAAUGUGACAAGAUGGAAAUAGAACGGAUGUUUUCUAGAUUGCCCUACACGAGAAUGAAAGAGAGGUCAUAGUUUUAAGAUAAGGGGUAGCAGAAUUAAAACGGAGCUGAGAGAUAUCAUGUUUGAAAUUAAGAAGAUCUGCUGCAUUGGUGCUGGAUAUGUUGGUGGACCAACAUGCAGUAUCAUUGCCUACAUGUGUCCUGAGAUUUGUGUUUCAGUUGUAGACAUGAACCAUGCAAGAAUAGAGGCCUGGAACUCAAACUCACUUCCAAUCUAUGAGCCUGGUUUGAAGGAAGUGGUAGAAUCAUGCAGAGGAAAGAACCUUUUUUUCCUAACUGACAUUGAUGCUGCAAUUCAAGAAGCUGAUCUUAUAUUUAUUUCGGUGAACACACCCACCAAAACAUAUGGAAUGGGUAAAGGUCGAGCUGCAGACUUGAGAUACAUCGAAUCCUGUGCUCGGAGAAUAGUGGCAGUAUCAAAUGGACACAAAAUAGUUACAGAAAAGAGCACCGUGCCUGUGCGAGCUGCUGAGAGCAUUCGCAGGAUAUUCCAUUCAAACACAAAGCCAAACUUGUCCCUGCAGGUGCUGUCAAACCCAGAAUUCCUGGCUGAAGGGACGGCUAUUAAUGACCUGAAGAACCCAGACCGAGUGUUGAUUGGUGGAGAUGAAACACCAGAGGGUCAGGAGGCGAUUCAGGCACUCUGUGCUGUGUAUGAGCAUUGGGUACCAAAAGACAAAAUCAUCACAACCAACACAUGGUCAUCAGAGCUUUCCAAACUGGCUGCCAACGCAUUUCUUGCUCAGCGAAUCAGCAGUAUUAACUCAAUCAGUGCUUUGUGUGAAGCAACUGGUGCUGAUGUUGAGGAGGUAGCGCGUGCUAUUGGCAUGGAUCAGAGAAUUGGAAGCAAAUUUCUCAAAGCCAGCAUUGGAUUUGGAGGGAGCUGCUUCCAGAAAGAUGUCCUGAAUCUUGUAUAUUUGUGUGAAGCAUUAAAUUUGCCAGAUGUGGCUCAAUACUGGCAGCAGGUGAUUGACAUGAACGAUUAUCAGCGCAGGAGAUUUGCUUCCCGCAUUAUUGGCUGUCUAUUCAAUACCGUGACAGGAAAAAAAAUUGCGCUAUUAGGCUUUGCCUUCAAAAAGGAUACGGGAGACACCCGAGAAUCUUCCAGCAUCUAUAUCAGCAAAUACCUACUGGAUGAAGGUGCAAAUCUUCAGAUCUAUGAUCCCAAAGUUCCCAAAGAACAGAUCAUCAAGGAUCUGUCACAUCCCAGUAUCAUUCAUGAUGCUUCAGAUGAAGUGCCUUCCUCAGUCACUAUCUGCACUGAUGCAUAUGAAGCCUGUGAUGGAGCUCAUGCCAUUGUCAUCUGCACUGAAUGGGAUGAGUUUAAGGUGCUAGAUUACAAACGUAUUCACGAGAAAAUGCUAAAACCAGCAUUUAUCUUUGAUGGCAGACGUGUUCUUGAUGAUUUGCAUUCCAAACUCCAGAGGUUGGGAUUCCAGGUUGAGACAAUUGGCAAGAAGGUAACCCAACAGAGGAUUCCUUUUACACCUACAGCUGAAGUUUUGAAAUUCAGUUUACAAGAUUCUCCAUUUAAGAAAGCCACAGCAUAGAUAUUUGGACAGAUAUUACGUCCAUCAAAUAAUUAAUGUGUAAAUUUAAAGGGGACUUUGAAAUGAAGAAAGUAUUGACCAAUUUUGAAACCACCUGAUUUUCCACUGAUUGCAGUCUGUAAUAUUUCGUUUCAUCCACCUGUGAGAAGAGAGAGAUUUAAUAAAGACAUGAGAAUUAAAUUUCUUACUCAAGAGGGUGGUUCGCAUGUGGAAUGAACUUCUGUAGGAAGUGGUGGAUCUGGCUACAAUUAUAACAUUUAAACAACAUCUGGAUGGAUACACGAAUAUGAAAGGUUUGGAGGGAAAUGGACCAGGUGUAGGCAGGUGGGACUAAUUUAUGGGAUUAUGUUCAGCAUGGACUGGUUGGACUGAAGUAUCUGUUUUUGUGCUGUAUGACUCUUUGUUUCUAUAUGACUCUAAGAUGCCAAUUUUGGAGUGAGUUGUGGUGCAGGUACUGGUCACCCUGCACUUUUUUUUCAUGUGCAGGUUGAAGAAAUAAAUGUCAACAGAUGAGCUGACCCCAGAGUCUGAAUGCAUCCUUACUCAAACACAGCAAUGUGCAUUUUUCAACAUGGGCACGAGUAUUCUCCCCUUCUUAACCAGGUGCCUCUGAAGUCAGUUUAAAUAUCUUUUAUUGUUACCUUGUCUACUUUCUAAUGUACCAGUACCUUUACCAGCCGUCACAGUUGGGAUCUUUCUGGCAUACAUGACUUAGCUCCACAACUGCCAACUGAGCCCAUUAUUGACAUGUCAUUUAAUAUGCACUUGCGUUGUUUCUGUUAGCAAAUAUUUUAACAAUUUUUAAAACUUGAAAUUAGUACUUUCUAUAAUUUUUCACUUUGUAAGUUAGAAAAUUUUGAACAUGUUUAAUACUUUUAAAGUUCAGUUUGCAAAUCAGGUAAAAUGUAAUUGCAAGAUUUCCAAAAGCUGAAGUAAUUUUGAGAGUUGUACAGUCCUGUAGUGAGAAGAAAAGAAAAUCAGCAGUUUUGCAAUGUAAUGCUUUUAAAAAAGCUGAAGGUAAGCUGGGUGGAGAAAAGAAUUACCAAGGAAGUACUAAAUGAGGCUGAAAGAAGAAUUCAGACAAUAUCAAAACAAUAGUGUUGGAGUUUUUUUGGACACUUAACUGUGUUGAAGGGUUGGAAUGCUGAAUUCGGAAGGAUUAACAGAAGAUGAGCAACAUGGCAAUAUUAAAGAUUGACUCAACCAGAAUUACCACAUCCAAGUUAACCACCGAUGUUCAGAUGUAGAAAUUUGGAAGACUAUGGUCGCUUACUCCUUUUGACAUAGAAAACAAAAACUAAACUAGUAUUAUAUAA